AUGUCAAACCAAAAAGCGGGAAUCAUACGUGAAGGCAUUUUAGGUUUAUAACGUUCAGUUCUCUUUCUCUCUCUCUACUUCCUCUCUCUUUCUCUUCUCUUUAUAUACAUACCCUUCCUUUGUCGCCGCCUUGUCUCCACACUCCCAGGCUAAUUCUAGAGGAAACUUCAUUUUGAUCACGAGGCAUUGAAAGCGUGAACCAAAUUCUAAAAGGAUUUCAGCAUGGCUCCUACUCAACCAUCAGUGGAGACUGAUCUGGACAGUAAACUGCAUUCAUCUGCGAAAGUUGCAACCCACAAUGUGAAUAAGAAUUUAUUGGCCAAAUCAUCCGGGAAGAGUUUGAUGUGCAUAAGUAACCCUGAGGACGCUUUCAUUGAAUUGGAAGGUGAAUUUGAUGAACAAAUUAAUGCUCCAGAGGGUGAUGAUGACAUCAGGGUAGCUGAAGCAGAGGACUCGGAUGCAACUGAUUAUUCGAGCUCAUUUGGUGGCACUGUAUCUGGGACAGAGAAUUGCUCUGGAUCGAGUGACGCUGAAGUUGAGUCAUGCUUCUACGGUGAUGAAGGUUUCGGAUUUGAUGGUUUUAGCAGUGUUUUUCGAAUGAGGAAGAAGAAGUUGACGGCUCAUUGGAAGAGCUUUAUACGUCCUUUGAUGUGGCGGUGCAAAUGGACAGAAUUGAAAAUUAAGGAAUUUCAAUCACAGGCAUCAAAGUAUUCAAGAGAGCUUGCAGCAUAUGAUCAGAGAAAACAGUUGGAAUUAGAUCAGUUCACAUUAGAAAAUUUAGGUUCAAAAUCGUUGCCAUUUACUUUUCAAAGUCAUGGAAAAAAGGUCAUGAAGAGGAGGAAAAGAAAAAGAGUUGAAGAUACAACUGAUAUAGCAUCAUAUAUUUCACAACACAACCUUUUCUCCUAUGGUGAAAAUAAGAAGUCUGACCCAGAUGGUACUUUUGUAGCUGAAGAAUCUGGUAAUCCAGAACACAAUACCACUGGUCAUGACAAAUUUGGUAUUCAUGACGAUUGUUCAUUUCGCGAAUCCAAAGAUAUUAAUGACUCUGUAGAGGAAAUCGUUCAAAAGAUUGAAACGAUGCACUGUCAUGUUCAGAGACUGAAGUCUCGACUUGUCGUGGUGAUUGCUGAAAAUGGCAUGAAGUUCUCUUCCUCUGAGAAUCUGAGCCAUCUUGUGCCCUGUGAUGGACAGACUAGCUCUCCUCGCAGUCCUACUUUCUCUGCUGGCAAUGGAGACACAACAUCAUUAGGAGCUUUGUAUAAUCCAAAUCAGCAAAUGUCAGAAUAUGAUUUUGGAGAUUUUGUUAUGCCUGAAAUCAUGGUGUCAAGUUAUGGAGAGGCUAGUUCUGUUCCGGAUAUUAUUGAAAGCACAGUUAGUCUGUUGUCCUCAGCUGAUGUCACCGUGCAUCAGCCACAGAUCGGAGAUUCGAGUGAAGCUAUUAUGGAUAAUGUCCAAAUACAUAAUCAAGCAGCUGAAGUAGAGAGGAACACUUCCAAAAAGAUACACAAUCAAACCACAGAGCAGCACCAGGAACCAGAGGGAAGUGGACAGGAAGAAAGCAGCAACCUUUCUCCAGUUCCAGCUUUAGAAACCGACCCUAUAGCAAAAGCUGCAACACUUCAUGAGGAAUCAAGACUGACAUCAUGUUUAGCUUCGGAAAUUCAUUUUCCCAAGUCUAAAAGGAAGAGAGGAGAGCGUAAAGCUGGUUCGGGUGGUUGGAACCGGUGAUACUCAGUUGGGCUCUAUAGUCAGUGAGUUUCAGAAAUUUGUCAGUUAUAGACUAUCUUAUAUAGUUUUCUGAGAAUUGCAAAUUUGUGAUAAAUAGUGGAAAUUGUAGUCUGUAGAUUUUAGACAUUGGGAAUAAUACCUUGGUCUAUUUUUAUUUAUAAAAUGGUUUCUUAGAUACAA